UCAAAAUGAUGAAAGCAAAACAUAUGUUCAAAACGGCACUUACAUUACUUCUUUGCUACUUCUUUACAAAACUAUGGACAUUAAAGAACGAAUCGAUUCUUACACGAUCCGAAAUAUUACCGACUUAUUCGGACACUAGACCGAAUAUCAUAUUAAUCGUUGCCGAUGAUCUUGGAUAUAAUGACGUCGGCUAUCAUGGUUCGGAAAUCAAAACGCCCAAUCUUGACAAACUUGCAAUGUCCGGUGUAAUACUAGAAAAUUAUUACGUCCAACCGGUGUGCACACCAACGCGUGGCCAACUUUUGACAGGAAGAUAUCAGAUACAUACUGGUCUAAAUUGGGUAUUAUCGCCUGCUACUCCAGCUGGACUUUCGGUUGACUUCCCCACCAUUGCCGACAAGCUGCAAGAAUCUGGUUAUUCAACGCAUAUGGUAGGAAAGUGGCAUCUAGGAUUUUAUAAACGAGAACUUUUACCAACAAAUCGUGGAUUUGAUUCAUUUUUCGGUUUCCUUAGUGGUCACUCGGAUUAUUACACCCACCAAACUAGUAAUUACCAGGACAAGAUUAUGACAGGUUAUGAUUUAUUGGAGAAUGAUCAACCAGCAAAUAUAUCAAAAUAUGAGGGGGUUUACUCCACUCAUCUGUUUGCUAAUAAAGUAAAAGACAUUAUUCGAAAACAAGAACUUAGUAAGCCCAUGUUUGUCUAUUUAUCGUUUCAAGCCGUGCACGCACCACUCCAAGUACCUGAAAUAUUUUUGAAUUGGUAUUCUAAUAUUGAAGAUUUGAACAGACGAAAAUAUGCAGGAAUGGUAUCUUGUAUGGAUGAAGAAAUAGGAAACAUUGUUGAAUUGAUACAACAACGUGGUAACUGGAACAAUACUGUGAUCAUUUUCAGUACAGAUAAUGGUGGUAAUCCAAAAGUUGGAGGAAGCAACUGGCCGCUUAAAGGGAAGAAAAGCACCUUUUGGGAAGGUGGUAUUCGUGCAGUGGGUUUUGUUCAUAGUCCUCUUCUUGGCUUUAGAGAGUUGGGUUACAAAUCAAAAGAACUAAUGCACGUAACAGACUGGUUUCCUACCAUUAUCAAUCUUGCUGGUGCUAAUGCAACCGAAUUUGACAACAUAGACGGAAUAGACCAAUGGGCAUGCUUGAAAUACGGAACCCCUUGUAAGAGAACAGAAAUUCUUCAUAAUAUUGAUGAUACAACUCAUCCAAGAAGAAGAUUUUCCUUGAGGACCGGUGCGUGGAAACUUAUAAUAGGACAAACAGGUUUAAAAGGUAUCAGUGUAUCUACGUCAAACCUUUCUUUGUAUAAUAUCGAUAACGAUCCACUAGAAGAAGACAAUGUGUUUGAACAAUUUCCAAAUAUAGUGGAGAAAAUGCUGCAAAGACUUGAGAUUUACGAAAAAGGAAUGAUUCCAUCUAAAUUUCCGGACAUUGAUAUUAAUGCUGACCCGGCUUUGCAUGGAGGAGUUUGGCAACCUUGGCAAUAAAUCAGUUCAAAAGUACAUAGCAAUUUAAAGCAUAACAGAUCGUUGAAAAAAUCAAAAGUAUAAUUCAUAGCUUGUUGGUGAUGCAAUGAUUUGUACAAAUAAGAUAAAUGACAAGGACCGGAUUUGGUUUAAUUGAACCUGGUCUUUAUUAUUUAUUAUUUUAAAUAUCCUGCAAAUAAAACUGUAAUUUACAAUGAGAAUGCAUACUUGUUAUAUCAAACAAUGUCGUAGAAGAGAUAGAUGACAUGAACAUAUUUUAGAUAAGGUUGUUAGAUAUGAUGCACAGGUUAUUUACAUAGAAUGUCAUGAAUUAUACAAUAUUUUAAAGAACUAUCAUCAAUGUGUUAAUGAAGCAAAUGCUACGAGCCAAGCGUAACAAGAAAGAAAAGUCAGUAACAAACUUUAAACAAUAACAAAAUCUAUUAUAGAAAAGUUACAAAUAAAAUUCUAUUUAAAGGUACUUAAAGUAUCACAAGAAAAAUAUUCUACAAAAUCUGUGAUUUGAUCCUGGAAAUAUCUAAUGAGCACCAAAUUAGAUAUCUCAAACACUGUUGAAAAUAAUUCCC